AUGGAUCUUCUUUUAGUGAUACUACUGGCUGCGUUCUGCACAACCGCCAGUGCCGUCGACAGUGAAGGAACUAACUUUGUCUUUGGUUUCGUCAGAAACGCUAAUGACACAAGUAUCGCAAAUCAGGUCCUUACGGUCUCCGGUAAUAUUCCAAAUGUAAUUGUGUUCAAACGUUUUCCUUUUAUAGUCCUCAACCAAAAUGCUCAAGACUGCCAAUUCACAUUAACCUACCGUCCGGACUAUCACAAAUACACACCGCCCCAGAACUUGUCAGUCACAGUUCCAAAAAUGGGAGCUAUUGAGGUGCAAAUUCCGAGCUGGUAUGGAUGGAAUUACGCGAUUACCAGCGUUCAGGAUGACGUGUUCUUGACACUAAUGGGAUUCUCUACGUGUCCAGUGACCCUGCUUGCCAAUAAUUAUGAUAUUUCGACCGGACAAGGAGAUACGUUCAUGGUUCUACCUACAACUUGGGGAUCUAAGAGCUUCACAUUCUCGCUGCCACCAGCGGUCUUGUCUGGCACCUAUCAGUACGAGCAGAUUCUCGUUCUUCCAACUACAGAGGGAACCACUCGUGUUAACGUUGUCGAAAUCGGUAACGGUCAAUCCUUCUACAGUUUCAAUGUCACUUAUGGAAACGCCCCAGCCGUUUACAUUGGAACUCGCACCCCAGAUAAACGUCCACGUACUUAUCAUGUGACUUCUGAUAAAGAUGUUCUGAUUGUUGCCGGAGUCACAUGCGCUGGAGCCGAUAUAACCACGUGCGAUCAUGCGGCUUAUAUGCCUCAUCCGCCAGCAGCUAGCGAUUGCUAUGCAUACGACUACUACGACGAUGAUCAUGUCAGCUACCUGCCAACAACCACACAAUUUUUCACCGACAUUCCUGGAACAUGCUUGGUUGGACAAAAUAUCACAAGCAUACUGAAUGAUGGGGUUGCCAAAACAAUAACUAUCAAGCCACAAAUGGAAUCUCCACUUUGGACGAUCCAAACUACAAAACCUGAUCAGACCGGAGUUGCUUUUCACAACGGAGGAUCCAACAUCCACAUCGCCAGAUACUAUGAUGGUACCAAGUACAACUCUCGUGGAGCAUUCAUUGCAACAUCUCCAUCUAUGACUCAGUUCCACGCCGACAGCACUUCUUUUUACACUAGAAACGCCAACGACUCGCUAGAAAUUUAUUGCACCGUUCUGACCUGUGCUAAAAUUACUAUUGAUACAAAGCGAAUUUCUAUUGCGGACACAAAAGUUGUGCAAAGUGUUGAUGGCACCUCUUAUUACAUUUUUGUUAUCACUAUUGCAAACGCUGGAUUCCAUCAGAUCUACUUGGAUCCGAACACAAAAGGAACAUACUCGUUCUUCGUUUUUGGAAAGAACAAUCAGUACUCCUACGGUUAUGUGGGAGGAGUCAACAAGCCAACAUUUGUUCUCGCACCUGCCACUAGCCCAGGACCAACCACUACUGGCCCGACUACACUGACACCACCAUCAACCGUAACUACUCAAGCGCCAACAUCAACUGCCACGCCACCCGUCACCGCUCCCCCAUCAUCCUCCCCUGUCACAAGUAAGCAAACUAGUACCCCGAUACCUCCUCAGACCAGUUCCACCUUGGUUUCCACACCGGCCCAAACAACAGCUUCUAUCCCAUCCCUGCCCACUACUGUAACCAAAUCCCCAACUUUAUCAACAAAUACGCCAUCAUUAAUGACCAGUACAGUAUCUCAACCAGCAAUAACUUCUAGUAAACCUGCUAUGACCACUAUGACCACUCAGCAUGUUUCCACUAGCACCCUACCAUUAGGUUCCACCGCUACUGCUACCCUUCCUGCGCAAACCACCAUGACAAACACGCCAGUGGCUUCCACUACCCAACCUGCUGCUAAGUCUACUGUCACUCAGCCAGUUAUGACAACCAAAACUACUAUUCCAGUGGUCACCACUACUCAGCCGCCAUUAGUGUCUUCUACCGUAACCCAGCCAGCGAUGACCACCAAGACUACUGUGGUUACUGAACCCGUAGUCACUUCUACAGUUACUCAACCUGUAAUGACAACCAUGACUACAAUGGUUACUCAGCCCAUUGUGACUACUACAGUAACCCAACCCGUUAUGAGUACCAUGACAACUAAACCAGUGAUUACUACCACCCCUCCUGUAGUGACCACUACUUCAGUGACUCCGGCAGCUACAUCAUCUACGGCGGCUCCAACAAACCCACCAGUCACGACUACUCAGCCUGCAGCUACAUCAACUCCAACUGUCGCAACUGUAGCUCCGCCAGCUUCCACCAGCACACAGCCAGUAGUGACUACUGUAACUGUUCCUGUAGUAACCACCCAAACUGUUCCCAACACUCCACCCCCAUCUUCAUCGGCUGCUCCACCGACUUCUACGGUAGCUACCACGACUAAAAAUGUUCCCGUUGUCACAACACCAACCACCGCAGCAACCACCACAACUAAAGCUGCUGCAACCACACCAACAACAGUGGUCACGACGCCAACGGUUCCAGUUACAACUCCAACAACUCCAACAACUACAAAGCCAACACCAAAGGUAGUAACCACUCCGACAACAGUAACUACACAAGCUCCAAGUACUUCAACUCAAUCCUCAUCGAUAGUUUCUACAGCUCUUCCAAUGGUUCUUACCAUUUUCGUUGCUCUCUUUCUCUAA